CGCACAUCAUCGAACCGCAGCGACGUUGAUGCAACCCGCGUAGAUGGCUUGAGCCCGCGAGUCGCGACACAGGCUCACGGGGCCAAGCAUCGGGGCUGGGAGGCAGAGCCUCGAGGGCCAGUCUGAGGAGGAGGGAAGAGGAAAGGGGGCAAGGAAAGGAAACUAGUCGCGCAGGAGGCGGCGGAGGAAGGACGACCCACGACGACGUCAGGAAUCCGGGGCAAGGUCUGAGGGGCAAGUGAGUGACGCGCGCCGCCUUUCCCGCUCCGUCCUGGACUGCGCAGCCAGCCCGCCGCUCCGUGCCAAGUGAUGCCGCCUCCGCUGCCGCUGCCGCCCCCGAGAGACGUGCGUCGCCUCCCCGUCGGGGCUGCUGCCCACUGACAACGAUGCACUCCUCGUCGUCCUCUCUCCCCCGCGCGCAGCUGGGCAGAUGUGAGCCGCCUUCUCCGGGCCAAUCCGCGCGAGGCGAAGCAGCAGCAGCAGCAGCCGGCGGCGGCUGGUGACUGCGUGGCUCUUUCGUCAGGGCAAGGAGGGAGACACUCGCCCCUGGCGGGGACAAGCCCGAGGCAGUCUGUCGGAACUUCGAGGGACCACAGCCGACCAAGAGGGAGACGGAGGGGCCGAAACCGGGAAGGCAGGCUCGCCGUCGAGAGAAGUCACCAUUACUUCGCCCGGCAAGGAAGACCUGUUGGCGCUCGCUGCCCGGCUCUGGCAGAGAAGGAAGCGGCUGGUGGCCGCAGCCGGGAUCGCCCUGGCCAUGGGCCUCAUCCUGCUCAUCGCCGUCCCCAUCCUGGUGCAGGCGCCGGCCAAGAGCCAGGCGCACUACGAGAUGAUGGGCACCUGCCGCAUGAUCUGCGACCCCUACAGCGCCACUAGCGCCGCCGCCGGCCCGGCCAGCCGCCCCGGAGGCACCACCGCCGCCCUCGAAGCCAUGCAGGAGCUGAGCGCCAACCCGCCGCCGCCCCCGCCGCCCUAUUUCCAGGGCCCCAAGGGCGAUCCCGGCCGUCCGGGUAAGCCGGGGCCAAGGGGUCCGCCUGGGGAACCGGGACCACCGGGCCCUCGAGGGCCGCCAGGCGAGAGAGGCGAUUCGGGCAAGCCGGGGCUGCCGGGACUGUCGGUGUCCGGGAUCGGGCCCCCCGGAGCAGCUACGACCGUAGGAGGCGUGGGCUCGGGCGUGGGCGGCAGUAGCAGCCCGCCGCCGGGAGGGGAGGUGACCGGCGCGCUGAGCGCAGCCUUCAGCGGCCCCAAGAUCGCUUUCUACGUGGGGCUGAAGAGCCCCCACGAGGGCUACGAGGUGCUCAAGUUCGACGACGUGGUGACCAACCUGGGCAACCACUACGACCCGACUACGGGCAAGUUUACCUGCCAGGUGCGCGGCAUCUACUUCUUCACCUACCACAUCCUCAUGCGAGGCGGCGACGGCACCAGCAUGUGGGCGGAUCUCUGCAAGAACGGGCAGGUACGGGCUAGUGCCAUUGCUCAGGAUGCAGACCAGAAUUACGAUUACGCCAGCAACAGUGUGGUGUUGCACCUGGAUUCGGGGGACGAGGUGUAUGUCAAACUGGACGGAGGCAAAGCCCAUGGAGGCAACAACAAUAAGUACAGCACUUUCUCUGGCUUCCUUUUAUACCCCGAUUGACAAAACCAAGCAUAGAAGGCGUGGCCCAUCGCCUCGUCCCCACCAUGCCUUCCCGGGGUCGUUCUUCGGAUCACUUUAAGCGUCAUUCUAAACAAGCAGUAUGUUUCAUUGACUGCAGUGUGAAAGAAAAACAAAGAGGUUCUCCUUUCCAGCCAUGUGUAUCUUUUGUUCUCUGUCCUAUUGUUUGUUAUGCUAUGAGAUGAUUAGGGCCGAAAGCAUUCACUAAUUAAUCUGCGCCAUUCAUUGAUCCAUUCAUUUAUCACAGAUUUAAAAUGUGAAUUUUCAUCCACAUUGUCUUUGGUGAGAAAGGGAGUUCAGCACCGACAGAGCUGUUGUGGUACAAUCUGCAUAACACCUCUUGAUCUAAGCUGUGCAUGUAUGGUGGUUUUCAGAAACAGUAUACGAUUUGUGUUCUUUGGUCACAAGAAUGUGUAACCUUCAUUAAGUCGCCUCUAAAUGACAUUCUGUGACUGCAGUCCUGUGCACACUUUCAUGGCAGUAAGUCUCACGGGAUGACAUAGUAGAUACUGCACAGGAUUGCAGAACUAAAUGGUACAUACUGUACAAUGGUAAACAUGCAAAGGGUUGCAUGCAGAUCUUAGCCAAUCAGCUAGAUAUAGCUGCCCAUCUUUAGCCAGGCUGUUGAGAUAUCUGUACAACCAAGAACAACAAUUUAUCCCUGCUAACGUGGCAAAGAGGCACCUUUUAAUGUGGUGAUUCUCUUUAUUGUGCAGGGGGAGAGUAACUGGCCCUAUCCACCCCCAGCGCAGUACCUCCAGUGACUGUUGCUGGUGUCUUAUGUUUCUUUUUAGAUUGUGAGCCCUUUGGGGGGCAAGGAUCCAUCUUAUUUAUUUGAUAUUUCUCUGUGUAAACCACCCUGAGCCAUUUUUGGAAGGGUGAUAUAGAAAUCAAUCAAUCAAAUAAAUAAAUAAAUAUCAUUCUCUAUGGGCACAAGUUACUCACAUUCCUGCUGCCUGGAAAUAUAUUGAUGACUGAACCUGCAACUUUAUAUAGGCAAAGCAGGUGUGAUGCCUUUAAGCUUUAACUGCUCAUUUAAUUAAAUGAGGAAUUAAAAAGAAGAUGUCUAUGGGGUGGGGGGAGACACCUUUGUUUAAUCAGUGGUUAAACCACCUGCUUAAACUAAACCAGCCCGUUACAGGAAUGAAAGAUGCAAAGGUAAAAACCAUGAUAUACUAAGCAGAACAGAUGAAUCCUAGCACUUUAUUUUUCUUUAGAUAUAAUUAUUGAAUUUAUUAAGAAUCUGGAUAGGGCAGAAUUAUUAUGAAGCCCUACAGGCCAUUCCUAUGUGGCUUUGUAAGUAGAGGAUUCGAGUAUAACAAUCCACCCUUGUGCAAUGCAAUACUUGUGUGGGUGACAAUGUUGUCAACAAGUUAAAUUUUCCUGUCUUUAAAGCAAAUGAAUGAGCAAAAGAAAAAGAACUGUCACAUUAAAUUAUCUUUUUUGA